AAUGACUUUUCCAUGUGUUUUGAGAAAAACUUAUGAAAUCAGCGAUGUAUGUGUUACGAAGAUUUCUCAAGGGAAAUACAUAUUGUGCAUGUCGAAAGUUCCUAACUGAUGCCGGGUUCAGUGGUUUCAUUCGAACCAAUUACAUAAACAAAUUGCCUCAAUUAAAAACUUCAAGGAAGAACGAGGUGUUGAUAAGAGGCAUUCACUCAAAAACAUCGGGGAAUAUAGAGGAUAUCUCCGUAAAAGAAACUGUUUUGGAUACACUAAUCGAUCCAACGGGAACAGGGAGAGAUUUGACGGGUGAUCUUGAUCCGGACUUAGUAUCCCAGAAAUUGAUGAGUUUCUCAAAGCGUUCUGAAGUAUUUAAAGCAGCAGAGAGGGAGGGUUUAAAGGAACCUUUCUUAUCCAAAGCAAUGGAGCGUUUUAUUGAAUUUGUGAUGAAUAACUUAGAUCAGCUUCCUGCUCCACUGCAUGUGGUUUUAUAUGACAUAAUAAACAAAGAAAGCGACAGAAAGCAUGUGGAUGAUAUAUUUCCAUUUUUCAUUGACCAUGCCAAGAAGAUAUAUCCACAUUUUGAGUUUAAACAAGACCUUCAGCUAAUCUGUGAUCUAACACAACCUGCUAAUUGGUAUCCUGAAGCUCGUAGAAUGAAAAGAAAAGUUAUUUUUCACAGUGGGCCUACUAAUAGUGGGAAGACCUAUCAUGCAUUGAAGUCAUUCAUGAAUGCUGAAAGUGGCGUGUAUUGUGGACCACUUAGACUGCUAGCAGUGGAAGUAUUUAACAAAUGUAGAGAAAAUGAGGUGCCCUGUGAUUUGGUGACUGGAGAAGAGAGACAGUACCAUUUUAGACCUGAUAAGCCAGCAGCCCAUAUCUCCACAACAGUAGAGAUGACCAGCACCACCACAGAAUAUGAUGUGGCCGUAAUUGAUGAGAUUCAAAUGUUGAGAGACCAGGAGAGAGGAGGGGCGUGGACUCGGGUCCUUCUGGGGUUGUGUGCCAGAGAAAUCCAUCUCUGUGGAGAGGAGGCAGCCAUUAGUCUCGUACAGAAGAUUGUCGGUACUACAGGCGAUACAUUAGAGGUAAAGCGCUAUGAACGUUUAACAAAACUGAGGUUUGACACCAAACCUAUAGAAUCCCUACAAGAAGUGCAGUCUGGGGACUGUUUGGUGUGCUUCAGUAAGCUGAAGAUUUACAACGUAUGUAUGGAGCUGGAGAGGCUUGGACAUAGUGUGGCUGUAAUAUAUGGCAGUCUUCCUCCAGCCACCAAAUUAGCCCAAGCCCAGAAGUUCAAUGAUCCCAAAGAUCCAUGUAAGGUGCUUGUGGCUACUGAUGCCAUAGGAAUGGGGAUUAACCUGAAAAUCAGAAGAAUGAUUUUCCUCCAAGCUGAAAAGUUGAAUAGAAAUGAGCAUGGCGAAUUAAUUAUGUCAAGAAUCAGCACACCACAAGCAAAGCAGAUAGCUGGACGUGCAGGGCGAUAUAGAAGUGGACAGGAGGUGGGGUUAGUUACAGCAUAUGGUGAGAAGACAUUGGAGCAAAUCAAAACAAUUAUCAAAGAGGAUGUGGAAGACAUCAAAGCAGCAGGUCUUUUACCAACUGUAGAACAACUGGAACAGUUCUAUUUCUAUCUCCCAAGCUUUAAGCUUCCAGAUAUUCUGAAUAUUUUUGCACAUAUGACAACAGUGAACAUGGACAUGUAUUUCCUUUGUGGUAUGCAGAGCUUUAAGGAACUAGCAUGUACAAUUGACCAUAUUGAUCUGCCAUUGCGAGUCCGAUAUCAAUUCUGCAUGGCUCCAGUAUCAGUAAAUUCGCCAUUACUCAGCACAAUGUUUGCCAAGUUUGCUCGGAGCUACAGCAAUGGGACUCCUAUUGACUGCAAAUGGUUGUUACUACAGACAGACUAUCCAUGGCUACUUCCAAAAACUAUCAAAAGUCUAACAAAACUGGAGGAAGUAUAUGAAAUAUUGGACAUGUAUCUCUGGUUAAGCUUUAGGUUUGAGGAGAUUUUCUGUGACAGAGAAAGAGUCCAAGAUGUACAGAAUGAAUUACAAACUGUUAUUAAAGAUGGAGUUGAAAAGUUGGGGGUUUUGCUCUCAAAGAAAAAUGAGCAUAAAAAAGGUGCUGCAAUUAAGGGGCCUUACAUGAAAAGACUUAAAAGGAUGAAGAAGGGGAAAAAGGACAGAUGAAAAGGAAGGAAAAGAGAGGAUGAUUCUUAGAUAUUUUUCAGAUGAAAAUAAAACCUAUUUUAUACAUUCAUUAAAAACAAACUUAUAAGGCAAGUGUCAGGGACAAAUAUAAUUUGUUAAAGUCCAUUGAAUUCAAUCACAAUUUGUACCUAAAACCCACAGAAAAUGCUAAAAGCAUCAAUUCGUUAUAAGUGUGUUCACUUUAAACAUGUUUUACUGUAGGUUUUUGUAUAACUUAUGUAAAGGUAUGCAAACAUUAAAGAGCUAUUUGAGGAUAAAUGGAUAAAGUACAAAUAAAUUAAUUACUUGUG